GGAUACGCUGAUGGGUGAUAAAUAUUCAAAGCACAACUGUAAGCGACUUUAGUUACAGCGAAACUCUAAGGCACGCUGCCCUUGGGAAGGCAACAGGGCGUUCCCCAAGCUGAUAGCCCUCCGCGACGCAUUACGCACCGCGGACAGCUGGAGAGGCCGAGGCGCUCUCGCUUUGAUUUCCGCGCCUCCGCCCGCGCGGGGAGAGAUUGUCUGCGGCCGCGGGACGGGGUAGUGAGCGCGUCACUUCCUGCCGCUGCCAGGCGCGUCCUCCCGCGCGCUAUGACGGCCAGCGCAGAGCCGCGCGGGGGGCGGCCCGGAGUCGGAGUCGGAGUCGUGGUAACCAGCUGCAAGCAUCCGCGUUGCGUCCUCCUGGGGAAGAGGAAAGGCUCGGUUGGAGCUGGCAGUUUCCAACUCCCUGGAGGUCAUCUGGAGUUCGGUGAGACCUGGGAAGAAUGUGCUCAAAGGGAAACCUGGGAAGAAGCAGCUCUUCACCUGAAAAAUGUUCGCUUUGCCUCAGUUGUGAAUUCUUUCAUUGAGAAGGAGAAUUACCAUUAUAUUACUAUAUUAAUGAAAGGAGAAGUGGAUGUGACUCAUGAUUCAGAACCAAAGAAUGUAGAGCCUGAAAAAAAUGAAAAUACAGAGAGAAGAUGGUUGUCUGUGAACCUGGAAGUGGGCCCUCCGCAGAUAUGGAAUCUGCCAGUGUCUUGAUCUUGGACUUCCCAGUCUCUAGAACUGUUGAGAAAUAAAUUUCUGUUGCUCAUAAGCCAUGUAGUCUGAAGUAUUCUGUUAUAGCAGUCCAAAUAGCCUAAGAUAUGUGAAUGUAGAGAUGUAAUAUAGAGAUACAGAUAGGUAAAUAGAUUUGGACCAUGAGGAACUAGACUGUGUUUGUGUCCUGGUUCUUAGAGCUUUGUGACCUUGGGCAAAUUAUUUCGUGACUGGGCCUCUUUUCUUAUCCGUGAUAAUAAUAAGUACCUUGGAUGGCUUCUUGUAAGGAUUUACAUAUGAAGAACCUCGUGAACACAGUAAGUUUUAUUGUUGGUGUUUAAUUUUGUUUCAGGCAGUAAUUUUAAGGAAAAUAUUUUAUCUGUUUUACUCAGUUUUCUCACCUGUGCAGGAGAGUUAACACCAUCCAUUUACUGUAAAUAAUUACACUGAUAAAACAGUUAUUGUUUCAGAGCAGUUGGGUUCUUCUUGCCUGCUGCCCAGAAAAAGCCAGUACCCUGAGACAGUAGGAGUUGUCGCAGAGAAAGAGUUUAAUAAUCACAGGGCAGCUGCAUGAGGAGGACAGGAGAUAAUUCUUAAAUCCUACCCAUAGAGAAUUCAGAGGCUAGGGUUUUUCAAGGAGGGUUUGGCAAGCAAGGGGCUAGGGAAUGAGAAAUGCUGAUUUGUUGGGUUGGGGAUAAAACCAUAGGGAUGUCAAAACUGUCUUCUUGUGCUGAGUCAGUUCCUCUAUGGGGGGUUCACAGGACCACUUGAGUCAGUUUCUUUGUGUGGCUUACCGAUUUGGGUGGUACCAGUUGGUCCAUUAGAAUGCAAAGUCUGAAAAAUAUCUCAAACACUAGUCUUAGGUUUUACAAUAGCAAUGUCAUCUGUAGGUGUAAUUGGGAAAGUUACAAAUCUUUUGACCACGGGCUACAUGCUUCCUGAGCAGUAAGCAGUUACAAAAAGGCAAGUUAUAAAAUGAUGCCUGGUUAGAGUUUAACUAUGCCUACAUCUUAAUAGAGUUCUGGCCCUUAUCAUAAUUCUAACCUUGUGGCCUUUUAUUAGUUUUACAAAAGCAGCUUUGGUCCCUUAACAAGGAGGGGGUUAGUUUUGGGAAAGGACUAUUACCAUCCUUGCUUUAAAGUUAAACUGUGAACUAAAUUCCUCCCAUAGUUAGGUUGGCCUGCGUGUAGAAAUGAGCACACAGUUUGUGAGGUUAGAUGCAAGAUGGAGUCAGCUUUGUUAGAUUUCUCUCACUGUUAUAAUAUUGCAAAGGUGGUUUCAUUAUCUGUUACCCUCUAUGUUGAAUUGAGUGCACUGAAAGUUUAUUUACCGUGUACUAAGCAUUGUUCUAAGAGUUUUCUGUUUACCGUCUCUCCUCAAAUUCUCAUAAAACAGUCAGAAAAGGAACUAAAGAGAAAAAUAUCAAACUUUUUGAAUAUAUUCCUUGCCAUAUGAUACUUUAUCCAAGUGGUCUUAUGUAUUGAACCUCCCCUCUAAACAUUUAAUUUAUUCUCUAAUAGGGAAGAAUCUUUUCAUUCAACAGAUACUUAUUGAGUACAGUGUGCCAGACACUGUUCUAGGCACUAAAGAAACAAUGGUGCGUAGAACAAAGUCCCUGCCCUCUUGGACUUUACAUUUUAGUGGGCGGGGGAAAUGACAGAUUACAGAUAUUUUAUGAUAGUAGCAAUAAGGACUAAAAAGAGCAAUAAAGCUGUGUAAGAAAGGGAUAUAUGAGUGCUGUAUCAGAUAGGGUGGUCAGGAAGGGUCUCUGACAACGGGAUGUACACACAUAUACUGGGCAACGUAGUGAGACCCUGUCUCUACAAAACUAAAAAUGUUAGCCAGAGUGGUGGCACAUGCCUGUAAUCCCAGCUACUCGGGAGGCUGAGAUGGAAGGAUCAUGUGAGCCUGGGCGAUCAAGGCUGCAGUGAGCUAUGAUUGCGCCACUGCUGUCCAGCCUGAGCAGCGACAGAGUGAGACCCUGUCUCAAAAAGAAGAAAAGAAGAAAUGGACUAAACAUUUUCUUAUUUUUCUUUUUUCUAUGGGCAAAUAAAGCUGAGACUAGAAGAGACAAAUAUGAUGAAAUAGUUUUUUGUUUUUUUUUUAAAUUCAGUAUCCUUCACAGGAAGCAGAUAUAGAAAGCCUUCAUUUUUAGAGAAGGUGCUAUAGAGAAAACACCAAGGUCACUGACUGUCCCACAAGCUUUAUUUGACCAUUCUCACCAAGCCCCCUCUGGAUGCUUCCUCAUUCUUCAGUCCUCUUUUUGCCCUGUCUGGCCUCUGUAGGGAUUUGAGUUGGGGAAUCCUGAUGCAAGUUAUAAUUUUGAAUCUCACUCCUCUGAGCUGCCGGCCUGUGUUUCCAGUUGCUUUCUAAAUAUCUUCCCUUAAUGUUCAGAAGGCAUCUCAAAUUCAACUCAACUUCAAAUUAUGCUCAUUAUUGUUUUACUGAACUUUGAAUCUAUAAAGAACAGUUCUUUUGGCUUAUACAUUUUGGACUCUUCCCUGCCAAACACAGUGUGUGGCUCAUAAUCACUAUUCAAAAUAUGUUGAAGGAAGGAAGGACCCAGUGAAUGAACAUACAAGCCAACCUCUUUCUGUGAAGCUCUCACUUAGUACUAGACUGCCCUACUUUUCAAUAACUUCUGUAAGAUUACUAUUCUACUUUAAGUACUAAAUCAUGAGCUUUUAUAAUCAUGUAACUAUACGUAUUGUUUUAUUCCUCUUAGGAUAUAGUAGUUAGGAGUAGUUUUACAUGCUUUGUGGUUUUUAAAAUUCAUUUAUAUAACUUUUUUAUUUGUUCACUUUCAUUUUGUUAACUCCCUGACAUGAACCUUGGUAGUAAUCUCAAAUAAAGCAGUAUGAUUUACAAGGUCCAAGAUUACUAGCAUCAAAUCAGAUUUGAUCAAAAACAUUUAUUCCUCUAUAUCUGUUAGUAACAACACAGCAGGAAUUAUGUUCACUUUAUUCCCAGUUGCAGCCUGAUAACCAACUACACUGAUAACCAGCUGCAGCCUAGCCAAGGUGCAAGGGCUUGGUGGAUCGUUGUUUUAUUUCUAGGAUAAAGACACGUCCUGUGCUCCUUAGGCCUUGGAUCUGGGUAGCCUGCUUCAGUUUCCUAUUUAGUGUAUCUUUCCUCCAACCAUCUAAUUAUAGUUAGGAGGCUCAUCCAGACACUUCAUUUUCUAGGGGAUGGGGUAAACUUCAUGGACAGCUCUUUGGAGACCUGGUUAAUUGAGCAUCUUGCACCGCAUUGUUGGGUACUCUGUCUGUGUUUGUCUGUCUGUCUGUCUCUCUUUCUGUCCCCUGCCCUCCCUCUCCCCCUACCCCUCCCACCUCAUUAGUGUAUGGUCACAGUUACUGAUCAUCUCUUCCUGUACUUGUUCCAGUUUCAUGGAUUUUUGGCCCCCGCAUUCCCAAAGUGAAAAUACGUAUCCAUAUACUUGUAUUUUAUGGACAGAGAGAUACUUAGUGCUUACACAUAGUAAAAACAGGUGAUCAUAAAGAAACUAGAACAUGGAGUGUAUAUCUUAAUAUAAUAUGUAGGUAUUUGCCUAUCAUAAGCAUCUGUGCUUCUAUGUUAUUUACAUUUAAAUCAUGAAAGAAAACACCAUUCUCUAGAAACUUUUUCUAGAAUUUCAAGUACUUUAUAACUGAUAGACACUGUUAAGUCUUUCUUGUUUCAAUGAAUUUUUAAAAAUCAUCUCCUUCUGUAUUUGUUUAAAAUAUACCAAGGUACAAUAUUUUAUUUUCCUCUGCACAGCUUUCAUACUUUUUUAAGAGAUGGAAGAUAUUUUAGAAACUCUGUAAUCUACUUUAUUUUAUAGGUGAAGGAAGUGGUUUAUUUUAAUGUAGUAUAACCUAUAGUAUAUAAAGUUAUUUGCAUUUUUUACCAAAAUAUUUAAAUAAACUGACUAAUACUAAAUCUGGGUUUACCAUGGCAUAGCCUUUGUAAACUGGGCUUCACAUUCAAAUAACACAAUGUUUUAA